UCUGGACACUCCGAAAUGCUGAGCGACACUUCAGACUUAAACACUUCAGGCUCUGGGGAUGAAGACAGUUCUGUCUUCUCCAAGACCGAACACAGCAUCAUUGCAGCUUACCUGAUUGUGGCAGGUAUAAUAAGCAUUCUCAGCAACAUAGUAGUUCUGGGCAUCUUCAUUAAGUACAAGGAACUGCGGACACCCACGAAUGCAGUGAUUAUUAACCUGGCUUUCACUGAUAUAGGAGUCAGUAGCAUUGGCUAUCCCAUGUCUGCUGCUUCAGAUCUGCAUGGAAGUUGGAAAUUCGGAUAUACAGGCUGUCAGGUUUAUGCUGGGCUGAAUAUCUUUUUUGGAAUGGUGAGCAUUGGCCUGCUCACAGUUGUAGCUGCGGACCGGUACCUGACCAUCUGCUGUCCUGAUGUAGGAGGAAGGAUGACCACCAGCACUUACCUCAGCAUGAUCCUGGGCGCCUGGAUCAAUGGCCUGUUCUGGGCUUUGAUGCCCAUCGUGGGCUGGGCUAGUUACGCCCCAGAUCCUACAGGGACCACCUGUACCAUAAACUGGCGGAAAAACGAUGCAUCUUUCAUGUCUUACACCAUGACGGUUAUUGUGGUGAAUUUCCUUGUGCCCUUGACGGUGAUGUUUUACUGUUAUUACCACGUCGCUCAGUCCAUGAGACGUUAUGCUGCCCGGAACUGCACUGCAUACCUCAACAGAGACUGGGCCGACCAGGCAGAUGUCACAAAGAUGUCUGUGAUAAUGAUAAUGAUGUUUCUGCUGGCAUGGUCCCCUUACUCCAUCGUGUGCUUAUGGGCUUGUUUUGGAGACCCCAGAAAGAUUCCUCCUGCAAUGGCCAUCAUAGCGCCGCUGUUUGCAAAAUCCUCCACGUUCUACAACCCCUGCAUUUACGUUGCUGCGAAUAAGAAGUUUCGGAAGGCCAUGUUUGCCAUGUUUAAAUGCCAGCCUCACCAAGCAAUGCCUGAGACAAGAUCUGUACCAAUGGAUAUGCCUCGAAGCCCAUUGACUCCUGGAAGAAUCUGAAGUUCGAGAAAAGAAUAUACCACCAAACAUUUUACUUGGUUGUUUGUUGUUGUUGUUGUUUGUUUUGGGGCAAUCCAUUAAUUUUGUUUUAAAUAUGAACCCAUUUAGAUGGAGUGCAGACAAAGACCACUGCCCUAUUGGACUGCAGGUCCCUCCCAGGCAGCCAACCCAGCUCUGUCUGUGCAGUAGGUGCCGAAGAGCCACUGUGACCUUGAGGAUAAAUGAGUCACCAGAUCCCCUUUGGUGAGCCCAGGCACACAAAACGACAGUUUCUUUUCCUCUCUUUACAAGGCACACGUUACAGUGUAUUGAGAACCUGCAAAUGGACUGAGUUUUCCAUUAGACAAG